AUGUCACUUUUCAAGAAAGAAGUCGAUCGAUUGACAAAUGCGGGUAUUUGGAAACCUGUGAAGUUUUCCCAAUGGGCUUCGCCUAUUGUACUAGCGCCAAAAGCUGAUGGUUCCAUAAGAAUUUGUGGGGAUUUUAAACAAGCAGUCAAUGCGCAAAUUGACAUUGAACAAUAUCCUUUACCCAUACGCGAAAGUCUUUUCCAUAAAAUUAAUUGCGGUCAACAUUUUACAAAAAUCGACCUUAAGGACGCGUAUUUACAAAUGGAACUCGACGAUGAAGCAAAAACAAUAAUGGUUGUCAACACUCCACUUGGUUUAUUCCAAUACCAACGUUUACCGUUUGGGAUUGCAAGCGCUCCAGCUAUAUUCCAAAGAUAUCUUGAGCAGUUACUUCAAGGCGUAGAAGGUUGUGGAAAUUAUCUCGAUGACAUCAUCAUCUCCGCACCUACAUUUCAACAACACAUCAGCCGCCUAGAACAAGUACUUCGUAUUUUGCAACAAAAUG